AUGGAAGUUCGCUCGCUUUUAAAUCUGCUCACACGGACCGGUGAUAGGAACAUCGAAUGGGUCAGAUCCCACCAAGAACUCAUGCGCACUGACGAUCAUGAGCUCCGCCGGAAGAGGGCAGCAUUGACUCUGGCGGAUGAGGCUGCCAAGGCCAGCCACACGUAUCGGAUGACAGGUUCAUGCAUGGGAUGGUUAAGCUUAGAUUUGUGGAUGCUACUGGAUCCUGAUGGACGGCCUGUACUCGGUAAUACGCUUCGUCACAUGCGUAAUCGUCAACGGGAGGUGCAACGCCAUAAAUGGUUGACUCUAGAGGCAUCCAAGGCAGAAGCAAAGCAAGUUAUGACAGCUGAUGAACGAGGGAUGGUGUGGAGAUAUCGGUGGGGGAUGCCCCUGUGCCGAUUUUAUUGGCGAGCACGUUUUGGGUUGCUACAUACAAGCGCAGUCAAGCAUCGGCUUGAUCGUAGAUGGUCACCGUCGUGCAGAUGUUGCGAGGAGGAAUGUCGUGAUACCCAAAGUCAUCGGUUCGGGCUAUCACAGCCAGUGUGUUGCAACACUACAGAGUUAGAAAAUCAACUCCACGUGAUGCAUGCUGCUCUAGAACGUGACCUCUGGCUUCCGGACCAGCAUUUGUUCAUUCCAAUCCUUGGUCACGAAGCGGCGAAGGGAAUGGAGCUCCCUCAGCGACCACGCUGGAAAGAAGACAAUGGGCGGCAAGUCGCCUGGCAGCCUAUGGUGAAUAUCGAGCAUGGACACUGGUGCGAUGCGCAGUGGAUCAGCUGGAUAGGGGAUAUUCGUCAGGCAUCGAUACGGCAAUAUCUUUGGAGAGCACUUAGUAAUGGUACAUAUCUUCGUCGGGCAUAUCCGGCUGGGCGCUUGAUUCCACAACGACUCCAAGAUGCUGCGCGCCGUAGCAUGGACAACAAGGCCAGUUUCGCGUCCAUGCAUCUAGUUCAGUGGACGCCAGGGUGGGCAACAGCGACGUUUGACCAAGGUCCAUGGAUCAACGCAUUUAGUGUGGAGCAGCGAUUAGCUGUACCGUCGACGGUGCAGGGCUGGUGGCUAGACGAUGUGUACUUUCCUUGUGGAGAAGGCUGGUGGGAGGACACUGAGGUACGUAUCACCACGGAGCUGUCUCGCGCAGAAUUGACCGUCUAUUGGAUCGCAGUGUACGCGAAUACACCGGGAUUUGGCACCGUCAACCGCCUCGGAGGGCAGUGGCUCGUCCGGAUCCCAAGUGGCAAACUUCGUAUGCGAACAGACUAUGCUGUAGCACAACAACAGCAGCAGCCGCGCCGUCGGAUUACGUCGACCAAUUUUGAAGUCAUCAUGAUCGGCAUUGUGGCCGCACCUCAGCGCAUAACGGCACACGUUCACGCGGCCCGACACAUUUGGGCUCCCGUGCUGCAUGACUAUUACUCACCAUCGUGGCUACUAGCUGAGUACUCGGCUCAAACGACACAUGUCUCCGUGCACCCUAUUUUCGAGUUGGGGUUUGUGCACGAUCACCCCCCUUCACGGCUUUUGUGGUGGACCGAUGCGCGGCGACAAAUGGAGCUCCUCUUUCCUCAGAUUUAUGGAGCAUCGACUGGCUGGAGGCGUUAUCCCACGUUAUCAGCAGCAUGCGAGGACUGGGCACGUUCGCUUUCAUAUACAUCCAAAGAAGCGACCACGCUUCUCCGCCGAUUCCUAACAGACCAUUGGGACACCCUUCGCCGCUAUUGGGAACUGACGUGCCGCCGAACCAAUGAUGCAAUUGAAGAUACCGAUGAUGUUGCCACUCGUGACCGUGUUAACAAUUCGAUACGGAGCCGGCGAGAAGCGCAUGCACGCCGCCCUGGAGCUCGGGUGGAUAAACUUCUAGCGCGUCGGCAGCUCCGGCUUACGGAAAUGAGUGAUUAUUGGACCACCCAACGCACAGUCGUAUUAGACGGCCAAGUGCGCCGUGACCCAGCGCGUCAGUAG